AUGACUCGUAGGACUCCAAGGAAGAACAAAGAACAAAUGUUUGAGGUAGAAAAAGUACUAGACGAAAAAAAUGAAGAUGGACAAAAGUUUUUAUUAAUUCAAUGGAAAGGCAUAGACCCAGACACACGAAUUAAAUGGGAACCUACUUGGGAACCAGAGGAGUACUGUACUCCGGCAGUCGUACAAGAUUGGAAUAGACAAAAGGAAAAUCGCCUUGACUCUACUACGACGAAUAGCAACUUUAUUAAUGAAGCUGUUAGAAGAAUAGAACGACCUAAACGUUCACUUUAUAAAAAGAGGACUCCUUUGUCAGAGCAAUAUACUCCGAGAUUUGUGAAUUUUCCGGGUGUCAAAGCUUCUCCUGACGCAAAGGCUCGUUUUAUUCAACGUUUUCCUACUUCUUAUGUUGCUAUGGAGGAGACAGAAGAGGAAGAAGGAAUUGGAAUGUUUUCUAAUGAAAUUAUAAACUCUUCAAAACUCCAUUCGAUCGAUGGCUUUCCUUCAUAUAACGUCUCGAAUAGUCUUAUCGAUAAUAACGACCAGAGCAUUGAUAACGCUUCUAUAAUUGAAUCAAGUUCCUCUGUUCCACAGAAUUCUCAAGCUGUGAUAUUAAAUAAUAAACCGGGCAAAUUUAUUAUGAUUCCGGCGCCAAUUUCAUACGCACAACAAAAAUUAUAUAUAAUGAUGUACAAUGAUCAAGAGGAUGUGAAACAACAGCUGAAAAUUUCACCAAUUUCACAGUUUGUUACCUCGCUUGAUUCACCGAUUUUCAACAAGUUAACUCAAUUGAAUACCUUAUGUGAUAAUCCUAGACUUCUUGAUUCAUCAACGAGCUCUUCGAGUAGUUAUUUGUAUGCAUUAGAUGAACCGGGCAAAUUAGUAAUGUUAAAAAAUUUACUCCCACGAUUAUCUUUAAAUGAACACAAGCUAUCGAUUGCAAUUGCUGUUCAGCCGAGUAUGAUGAAUAUAAUGCAAGAAUAUCUUAACAAAAUUCACAUGCCUUUUCAAGUCAUAGAGUCAAAUUCGAAUUUAAAUCUCCAGAGUCGAUUUUAUUUAAUUUCAACCGACUAUACAGGACUUCCAAAUCGGAUCCAUGAAUUUCCCAAGUUCGAUUUUGUCAUUGCGUACGAUUCAACAUUUGAUCACCGUAAACUUGGGAUGCACUCCGAUUAUUACACGAGCUUACCAGUUUUACGUCUAGUAAGCCAGGACACAUCAGAACAUGGAUAUGUAUACAUGUUGCAAAAAUCUGUUGAUAUGUCGCUUAGGAAUUACCGACUUUUUGACUUGAAACGUAUUCUGGAUUUUGGAAUAAAUGUGAAAAAUGGGCAUACAAAUGUUGGAAUACAUCAAAAUCACGAACAUUUUACGUCGAUAUGUAAUAAAGUUAUGACGUGGGUGAGAUCUGGCUUUCGAAACUCGUUGGAUUUUGGUAUGGAAGAAUCGGCGCGACAGUGGUUUGAGAGGUCUGUUAUCCCGGUGUCAUCUAAAGUUCCGGUGAAUAAUACGCGAAAUACUCUUCGAUAUCGGCAUAUUUCUGAUUCUAAUAAAUCACAUAAAAGGUUGGAGAAACCUAUAGCAGGAAAGAAGCGCAAAAAGGGGGAGAUUCACAAAGAUUCGGAUAAUGAAUCAAAUCCUGGCUCAUCGAAAAAACAAAAAAACAAAACCACCAAAGUUAUUGAUGAUCCCUCUGCUUCAACUGUACAAGCAAUAUCAAUCCCUGGACCAUCUAAAAAUGCACAAACAGCAACGAAAUCUCAAUCUACAUACUCAGACCCGAGACAAGAGCUUGAAUCUCUCAGAGGAAAAUAUAAAAGACUUGAAGCGGAGUUACAACUGAUUAAAGAAGCACUCAAGUUAGCCGAAGAAGAAGCAACCUACCAACGCUCAAUAACUCAAAUGCUUGAGGAGCAAAAUCGUAGAUCAGAUGACCAACUACGGCGAACAUGGGUUGAAGAUAUUCUCAAUGACAGAUCUACUCGAAAAGAAGAAUCUGAUAAAUUACAAGCAUUCGUAUGCGAUUGGAAUGAGUGUAACAAAAUAUAUAAAAGUAAGGAUGAUCUCAAGGCUCAUCUUCGCUCAGACCAUAUGGCAUCUCCGAUUAAGAUUGCAUCUAAUAACAAAAGUUUAGCAUCAAGUUUUGCAAGUUUUGCAUAA